GACGUCAUCGUGCGUGUGGUGCCCCUGCUGCCGGGGCUGGUGAUUGGAGGAAACCCCGUGUCUGCGGAGCGGCUGUAGCCUGUGAGCAGUAAGAUCGAGGGACAGAGUCUCAGCCUCGCUGCUGCCGCUGCCGCCGCCGCCGCUGCCGCCGCCCAGAGACUACUGAGCCCCCGUCGUUCCGCCGCCACCCACUCCGGACACAGAACAUCCAGUCAUGGAUAAAAAUGAGCUGGUGCAGAAGGCCAAGCUGGCUGAGCAGGCUGAGCGAUAUGAUGACAUGGCAGCCUGCAUGAAGUCUGUAACUGAGCAAGGAGCUGAAUUAUCCAAUGAAGAGAGGAAUCUCCUCUCAGUUGCUUAUAAAAAUGUUGUAGGAGCCCGUAGGUCAUCUUGGAGGGUCGUCUCGAGUAUUGAGCAAAAGACAGAAGGUGCUGAGAAAAAACAGCAGAUGGCUCGAGAAUACAGAGAAAAGAUUGAGACUGAGCUAAGAGAUAUCUGCAAUGAUGUACUGUCUCUCUUGGAAAAGUUCUUGAUCCCCAAUGCUUCACAAGCAGAGAGCAAAGUCUUCUAUUUGAAAAUGAAAGGAGACUACUACCGUUACUUGGCUGAGGUUGCUGCUGGGGACGACAAAAAAGGGAUUGUGGAUCAGUCACAACAAGCAUACCAAGAAGCUUUUGAAAUCAGCAAAAAGGAAAUGCAACCAACACAUCCUAUCAGAUUGGGUCUGGCCCUUAACUUCUCUGUGUUCUAUUAUGAGAUUCUGAACUCCCCGGAGAAAGCCUGUUCUCUUGCAAAGACUGCUUUUGAUGAAGCCAUUGCUGAACUUGAUACAUUAAGUGAAGAGUCAUACAAAGACAGCACGCUAAUAAUGCAAUUACUGAGAGACAACUUGACAUUGUGGACAUCGGAUACCCAAGGAGAUGAAGCUGAAGCAGGAGAAGGAGGAGAAAAUUAACCGGCCUUCAAACUUCUGUCUGCCUCAUUUUAAAAUUUACACAGUAGACCAUUUGUCAUCCAUGCUGUCCCACAAAUAGUUUUUUGUUUACGAUUUAUGACAGGUUUAUGUUACUUCUAUUUGAAUUUCUUAUUUCCCAUGUGGUUUUUAUGUUUAAUAUUAGGGGAGUAGAGCCAGUUAAUAUUUAGGGAGUUAUGUUUUCAUCUUGAGGUGGCCAAUAUGGGGAUGUGGAAUUUUUAUACAAGUUAUAAAUGUUUGGCAUAGUACUUUUGGUACAUUGUGGCUUCACAAGGGCCAGUGCUAAAAUUCUUCCAUGUCUAAGUAAAGAAAACUGCCUACAUAUUGGUUUGUCCUUGUGGGGAAAAAAAGGGAUAAUUGGUUCCAGUCAUAGGUGUGGUUGUUGUGGGUACUUAAAGUUUUGGAGCACUUAGGGGGCUGUAGUAGAAAUGGAUGUCCUAUGGAUAACACAUGUUGAACCAUGUGUGUAUCUGUGGAAUACUCAAUCUUGAUGUGCACACCUUUAACUACAGCUGCAGAAGUGUUCCUUUAGUUGUGACCCAACUUACUCUGGAUAAGGGCAGAAACGGUUCACAUUCCAUUAUUUGUAAAGUUACCUGCUGUUUGCUUUCAUUAUUUUUUGCUACACUCAUUUGUAUUUAAAUGUUUUAGGCAACCGAAGAACAAAUGUACAAGAUGCAGUAAAUGAAUUGCUUGAUAUUCAUUACUUUAUGUAUAUCAAGUACAGCAGUAAAACAAAAAAAAAAAAACCCAUGUAUUUAACUUUUUUAGGUUUUUUUCCCGCUUUUGUGAUUUUUUUUUUUUGUUUUGAUACUUGCCUAACAUGCAUGUGCUGUAAAAAUAGUUAACAGGGAAAUAACUUGAGAUGAUGGCUAGCUUUGUUAAUGUCUUAUGAAAUUUUCAUGAACAAUCUAAGCAUAAUUGUUAAGAACACGUGUAUUAAGUUCAUGUAAGUGGAAUAAAAGUUUUAUGAAUGGACUUUUCAACUACUUCUCUACAGCUUUUCAUGUAAAUUAGUCUUUUGGUUCUGAAACUUCUCUAAAGGAAAUUGUACAUUUUUGGAAAUUGAUUCCUUAUUCCCUCUUGGCAGCUAAUGGGCUUUACCAAGUUUAAAUACAAAGUUUAUCAUAACAAACUACUACUAAUAGAACUACUGUUCCCAACCACAUCCCAUGCUCCUCCCCCCUGCCCCCCCCCAAACCCCCCUGGGAAGAAAAGGUAAUUUUUUUUUUUUUUUAAGAGGUGGGAUUGAUUAGAAAAAAGGUAAUGUGUUCCAUUUAAAAUUUUAGUAUAUGACAUUUUCUAACUUUGGAAGUCAAAUGUUCUUGGCCCAUCAUGACAUUGGGUAGCAUUAACUAAGUUUUGUGCUUCCAAAUCACUUGUUUUUAAGAAUUUCUUGAUACUCUUAUAGCCUGCCUUUCUAUUUGUCAGGGGCACAGGAUUACCUUUUUUAGCUUUCUCUCGUCACCAACCAUUCCUACUUGGUGGCCAUGUACUUCAGAAAAAAGGCCGCAUGAUCUUUCUGGCUCCACUCAAUGUCUAAGGGAUACCCUGCUUCCUUUGCUUGCAUCCCACAAACUAUUUCCCUUACCCUAUUUACUGCAUCAAGUCUCCUUAGUUGAUGAGGUGGUGUUACCUCCCUGUAAAACUCUACCUAUCCUGAAAGGUCUGUCAUUGGCUGCUUUAAAAAUCCUUCUUCCUCUUUUCUUUAAAUAAAGGGGCUAAGUUAUACCCAAAGCUCACCCUACAGACUAUAUUUCCUCAGUACCUUGCAAAAACACCAAACAAAAAUACCAUUUUAAAAGAGGUGUAUUUUUUUUUUUCUUUUAGAAUGUAAGCUCCUCAAGAGCAGGGACAAUGUUUUCUUGUAUGUUCUAUUGUGCCUAGUACACUGUAAAUGCUCAAUAAAUAUUGAUGAUGGGA